AUUACCAUAACCGAGGGUUCGGUUAGGACACUUAUUUAAGGGCAUGCCCCACAGCCCCCGUUCCUGGAGCUGGAAUGGGGCCAACGCGGAGGUGGUAUCAGAGGAGAAACCUAACGGAGUUGGGGUUCAGCUUAGGGCGGUGGGGACCCGUCCCGGGAGAGGAGGCAGCUCUCUGGUUCCGCUCCGGGCCGGCUGCACAGGAGACCGGACGUGGCGUGAGUCGGGAGCUGGGAGGAGAGAAGGCUCAGUUCGUAGCGGAGGGGCACGUCUGGCCUGCCGGGACCUGGACGAGCCGGCCGUCGCGGUUCCGGGAGGCAGCGGGAGAAGUGCCCAGGCUGCUGUCUGCGCCCCAGCGCGUCCCGGCGCGCGGCGCCCCGGAGUCCCGGAGCGAUGAGAGUGCAGGUCAAGUCCCAGAAAUCCUGGAUUGAAGGAGUGUUCCACAAGAGAGAAUGUAACAAAAUCAUACCCAGCUCAAAAGACCCUCACAGCUGUACUGCAGGAUGCCAAGUCUGCCAGAAUUUAAUCAGGUGUUACUGCGGGCGACUGAUUAGAGACCAUCAUGGGAUAGAUUAUGCCCGGGCCAUCUCGGCUGCCGAUGGCGGUGAAAAUGAACAGUGGUCUAUUGAGGAGCACACAGUGAAAAGCCCUACGGAUACCUUUGGCACGAUUAAUUUCCAAGAUGGAGAGCACACUCACCACUCCAAGUAUAUUAGAACGUCUUAUGACACAAAUUUGGAUCAUCUAUUGCAUUUAAUGUUGCAAGAGUGGAAGAUGGAACUGCCAAAGCUGGUGAUCUCUGUCCACGGGGGCAUCCAGAACUUCAAGAUGCCCUCCAAACUUAAAGAAAUCUUCAGCCAGGGUUUGGUCAAAGCUGCAGAGACAACAGGAGCAUGGAUAAUAACUGAAGGUAUUAAUACCGGUGUGUCCAAACAUGUUGGGGAUGCCCUGGAAGCCCAUUCCUCCCAGUCCUCUAGAAAAAUCUGGACAGUUGGAAUCCCUCCUUGGGGUGUCAUUGAGAACCGGAAAGAUCUUAUUGGAAGAGACGUGGUGUGUCUAUACCAGACUCUGGGCAACCCCCUCAGCAAGCUGCCCACACUCAACUGCAUGCACUCCCACUUCAUCCUGUCCGACGACGGCACCGUGGGCAAGUACGGCAAUGAGAUGAAGCUCAGGAGGAACCUGGAAAAGUACCUCUCUUUGCAGAAAAUCCACAGCUGCUCAAGACAAGGCGUGCCGGUGGUGGGGCUGGUGGUGGAAGGUGGUCCCAACGUCAUCCUCUCGGUGUGGGAGACUGUGAAAGACAAAGACCCCGUGGUGGUGUGUGAAGGCACAGGCAGGGCUGCCGACCUCCUGGCCUUCACCCACAAGCACCUGGCAGAUGAAGGGACCCUGCGUCCUCAGGUGAAGGAGGAGCUCAUCUGCAUGAUUCAGAACACCUUCAACUUUAGUCUUAAACAGUCCAAGCACCUUUUUCAAAUUCUAAUGGCAUGUAUGGUGCACAGGGAUUCUAUUACCAUAUUUGAUGCUGAUUCCGAGGAGUCACAGGACCUUGAUUUAGCUAUCCUAACAGCUCUGCUAAAGGGCACAAAUUUAUCAGCAUCAGAACAAUUAAAUCUGGCAAUGGCUUGGGACAGAAUGGACAUUGCCAAGAAACAUAUCCUCAUUUAUGGACAGCAUUGGAAGAGACGCCUCAACAUUUCUGUCUGUGGUUCUCACUGCUGCAGUCUGGACUGGUUGCCUGUACUUCCCGGUGCUGGGCCAUCAUCCAUCAUCUUAGAAAUUCUCUCCUGUCCUGGCUCCCUGGAACAAGCAAUGUUAGAUGCUUUAAUGAUGGAUCGAGUGGAUUUUGUAAAGCUCUUGAUAGAAUAUGGAGUGAACCUCCAUCGCUUCCUUACCAUCCCCAGACUGGAAGAGCUCUAUAAUACAAAACAAGGACCAACUAAUAUGCUCUUGCAUCAUCUUGUCCGAGAUGUAAAACAGCAUACCCUUCUCUCAGUCUACAGAAUAACGCUGAUUGACAUUGGACUGGUAAUAGAAUACCUCAUUGGUGGAGCGUAUCGUAGCAGCUACACUAGAAAAAAUUUCAGAACCCUCUACAACAACCUCUACAACAAAAACAAGCGAGUGAGCACUUUGGCUCAAGCCCUUUCCCAGCCGCCCCCUCUUCACCAGAGACGCCGCUCAGGAAACAGAAAUGAAUCUGCAGAAAGCACACUGCAUUCUCAGUUCAUUAGAACUGCCCAGCCUUACAAAGUCAAGGAAAACCCCAUAGCCCUUCAUAAAUCAAGGAAGAAGUCAAGAGAAGAACAAAAUGUAUCAGAUGACCCUGAGUCUACGGGCUUUAUGUAUCCAUACAAUGACCUGCUGGUUUGGGCUGUGCUAAUGAAAAGGCAGAAGAUGGCCAUGUUCUUCUGGCAGCACGGAGAGGAGGCCACGGUCAAGGCAGUGAUUGCUUGUAUCCUCUACCGAGCAAUGGCCCACGAAGCCAAGGAGAGCAACAUGGUGGACGACGCCUCGGAAGAGCUGAAAAACUACUCAAAACAGUUUGGCCAGCUUGCCCUGGACAUGUUGGAGAAGGCAUUCAAACAGAAUGAAAGAAUGGCCAUGAAACUGCUGACCUAUGAACUCAAGAACUGGAGCAAUUCUACCUGUUUGAAACUGGCUGUUUCUGGAGGAUUGAGGCCCUUUGUUUCACAUACUUGUACCCAAAUGCUACUGACGGACAUGUGGAUGGGGCGCCUGAAAAUGAGGAAAAACUCUUGGUUAAAGAUCAUCAUAAGUAUUUUUUUACCACCCGCCAUUUUGACAUUGGGAUUUAAAAGCAAAGCAGAGAUGUCGCAUGUUCCCCAGUCCCAGGACUUCCAGUUCACGUGGUAUAAUGAUGAGCAAAACCCCAGUACCACCAAGGAAAGUGCUUCGACGAAUGACUGUGACUUGGAAAGGGGCCCUGAUGAGAAACCAGAUGAACAUCAGCAGUUCAGUUUAAAGAGUGAGCCCCAAAGCCUUCCAUGGUCCAGAAAAGUCUAUGAGUUCUACAAUACUCCAAUUGUCAAGUUCUGGUUUUAUACGAUGGUGUAUUUGGCGUUCCUCAUGCUGUUCACCUACACGGUGUUGGUGGAGAUGCAGCCCCAGCCCAGCGUGCAAGAGUGGCUCGUGAUCAUUUACAUCUUCACCAAUGCCAUUGAGAAAGUCAGGGAGGUCUUAAUUUCAGAACCUGGGAAGUUUACCCAAAAGGUGAAGGUAUGGAUUAGUGAGUACUGGAACCUAAUAGAAACUCUGGCUAUUUGCCUGUUUUCAGUGGGUUUUGGCCUUCGGUGGGGUGACCCUCCUUUCUACACAGCGGGAAGACUAAUAUACUGCAUUGACAUCAUAUUCUGGUUCUCACGGCUCCUGGACUUCUUCGCUGUGAAUCAACAUGCAGGUCCCUAUGUGACCAUGAUUGCAAAAAUGACAGCAAACAUGUUCUACAUUGUGAUCAUUAUGGCCAUAGUCCUGCUGAGCUUCGGGGUAGCUCGCAAGGCCAUCCUUUCGCCAAGGGAGCCCCCGUCGUGGAGCCUCGCUCGUGAUAUUGUGUUUGAGCCUUACUGGAUGAUAUACGGAGAAGUCUAUGCGUCGGAGAUCGAUGUUUGUUCAAGCCAGCCAUCCUGCCCUCCUGGCUCUUUUCUUACUCCAUUCCUGCAAGCCGUCUACCUCUUCGUGCAGUAUAUCAUCAUGGUGAACCUGCUGAUUGCUUUCUUCAAUAACGUUUACAUGGAUAUGAAAUCCAUCUCAAAUAACCUGUGGAAAUACAAUCGCUACCGCUACAUCAUGACCUACCACGAGAAGCCUUGGCUGCCCCCACCUUUUAUCCUGCUGAGUCACGUGGGUCUCCUCCUUCGCCGUCUUUGCCAUCGCCAAGCUCCAAAUGACCAAGAAGAGGGUGAUGUUGGAUUAAAACUCUACCUGAGUACAGAGGAUCUGAAAAAACUUCAUGAUUUUGAAGAACAGUGUGUGGAAAAUUACUUCCACGAGAAGAUGGAAGGUCUGAACUGUAGUUAUGAGGAACAAAUCCGAAUGACAACAGAAAGGGUUACAGACAUGUACUUCCAACUGAAAGAAAUGAAUGAAAAAGUGUCUUUUAUAAAGGACUCCUUAGUGUCUUUGGACAGCCAGGUGGGACACCUACAGGACCUCUCUGCCCUGACGGUGGAUACGUUAAAAGUCCUUUCUGCUGUUGACACCUUACAAGAGGAUGAGGCUCUCCUGGCCAACAGAAAGCACUCUGCUUGGAGAAAACGUCCCCACAGCUGGAGCAAUGUCACCUGUGCAGAGGUUCUAGGCAGCAUGGAGAUCUGCAGGGAGAAGAAACACCAGUGUUACAGCAUGCCCCCUUCUUUGCUGCGGAGCCUGGCCAGAGGCUGGCAUCCCUCACGAGUGCAGAAAGGACCCUUUCUUGAGGGUACAGACAGAGAGACUUCAAACGUAAGAGAUGACCAGGAAGAGCAAGAAACAGAAAACAGUAUAGUUGCUUCUGGGGUGGCCCUGAACAGGCAAGCACGCCGAAAGUAUGGUCAGUUUCUCCUGGUCCCUUCUUAUCUGGAGCAAGUUCCUUAUUCUGCAGAAACAGCCUGGCCUCUGCCCAGACCAUCCGUAGAAGCAGGUACAGAUGUGCCGGCAACUGAGCAUGUCACCCAGAGUGAGGUGCCUGUUCAUCUGACGUGGCAGACCCCGGCUGACUCAGCUCAGGGCUCCGUGGUGGAAACCAAGGAGCAGAGUGAGUCACCUGCUCAGACGCCAGCCAGACGAGACGAAGGGGAGCAACUUCUAUCCACUUUGGUUUUCACGCCUGCACCCGUGAAAGUGACCUCCCUUCCUUCCCAAGUCAGGAACAUGCAUACUGGAGGUGGAUAUAUAAACUGGGCGUUUUCAGAAGGUGAUGAACCUGGUGUGUUCAGCCUCAAGAGACAAUGGCAAACCCGCUUGUCCUCCACUUGCAGCAGUGACUCCAAUCAGAGUGAACAAUGCCAGAGGCAGAUCCGGGGCAGUUCCCUGACUGAUAACUCAGUAAGACUGGCCCAGAGGGAUUGCACAGAGGUGGGACCAUGGCUCCAGCCAAACACCUCCUUUCGGAUUAAUCUUCUUCGUAGAGACAGGCCCUUCAUUAGGAGUCAGAGUCUGAGACUGCACAAGGAGGAGAAAUUGAAGAACCGUAAGAUUAAAAAUCUUUCAAAAUCCUCAGAGACUGGACAGUCAAAAUGGAUCAAAGUGAAAAUGCUAACCAAGGAUAGGAAAUCGUCAAAGAAAAAGAAGAAAACACACGGGCUCCAGGUGCCGGUCAUAACAGUCAACACCUGCUCUCAAAGUGACCAACUGAACUCAGAGCCAGAAGAAAACCAGAUCUCAGAAGAACAGGAGUGCAGCAAGAACUGGAUUCCCAUGUCCACAUUUAGUCAGAUAAGUCUAGAACCGUACAUAUAUCAGAAGAUGCGAAUCAAAGCUCCACGGCGUUCUGCACAAGUCAGUGAUUACGUAAGGCGGUCUCAAGACGAUCUAAGCAAAAACUCUUUGUGGAAUUCCAGGAGUACCAAAAGCAAUAGGAGCUCUCAGUUGAGAAUUUCAAAUGGAGCUGACAAAAUCUCAGCCUCCUUAAAAAGCCCUCAGGAGCCUCACCAUCAUUAUUCAGCCAUCGAAAGGAACAAUUUAAUGAGGCUUUCUCAGAGCAUACCAUUUACACCAAUCCAACUGUUUGGAGAAGAAGUAACUGUCUACAGGCUGGAGGAGAGUUCCCCUUUGAAUCUGGAUAAAAGCAUGUCUUCGUGGUCCCAGCGAGGGAGGUCUGCAAUGAUCCAGGUGUUGUCCCAAGAGGAGAUGGAUGGUGGCCUCCGCAAAGCCCUGAGAGUCAUCAGCACCUGGUCUGAAGAUGAGGUCCUCAAGCCAGGGCAAGUUUUCAUUAUGAAGUCCUUCCUCCCUGAGGUCGUGCAGACAUGGUACAAAAUCUUCCAGGAGAGCACUGUGCUUCAUCUUUGCCUCAGGGAAAUUCAACAACAAAGAGCUGCUCAAAAACUAAUCUAUACCUUCAACCAAGUGAAACCACAGACCAUUCCCUACACGCCGAGGUUCCUGGAAGUUUUCUUAAUCUACUGCCAUUCAGCCGACCAGUGGUUGACCAUUGAGAAGUAUGUGACUGGAGAGUUCCGGAAGUACAACAACAACAACGGGGAUGAGAUUGCCCCCAGGAACACCCUGGAGGAGCUGAUGCUGGCUUUCUCUCACUGGACCUAUGAGUAUACUCGGGGAGAGCUGCUGGUCCUAGAUUUGCAAGGUGUUGGAGAAAAUUUGACAGAUCCAUCUGUUAUAAAACCUGAAGACAAACAAUCAAGAGGAAUGGUGUUUGGACCAGCCAAUUUAGGGGAAGAUGCAAUUAGAAACUUCAUUGCAAAACAUCGUUGCAACUCCUGCUGCCGGAAGCUCAAACUCCCGGAUUUAAAAAGAAAUGACUAUUCCCCUGGAAGGAUAAAUUCUGCCCUUGGACUUGAAAUCAAAACAGAACCAGCUGUGGAGACUCCAGCAGGGGAAGAAGGCAGUGAUUGCCCAGAAGACCUCACACAACUGUGAAAAAGGGAGCCGUAAGAGGGUGACAGCCCUUGCUCUCCCUUCUGUGGACUCUGUGGUAACAUAGAUGGAUUGAGGUGGCAUUGAUUAUGUCAGAACCUUUGCCAGGAUGGCCUUACCCAGAGGGCCUCCUGGGACGUGCCUUCUGAGCCUCAUGUCUCCCCUGCCCGAGGGCCUCACUGGUGUGUGACGCAUGGGUUCUCCUAGAUACUGCCCUGUGUGCAGGGGGCUUGGCAUCUGUCUGUCAUCCUCAAGUUGCACAGGAAGACUCUCGGAUGAGUCAGCCAGGGGUGCUGCUCCUUCAUACCUCAUUGCAUUAGCUGGUCACUUAGAACCCUUGGAGCAGCAUGCUGGGCACUGAAGAACCAGGCAGAUGAAUUUAAUUUAUUUUCUCACUGUGUGUGCAUCACCUCACCACGUAUUGUGUUUAUGUAUAUAUGUACAUAAAAAAAGUUCCUUGAUUUCCUCCUCUCUCCUUUCCAAGCAGCAUAGGGCUUUGAAUAGAGGCAGAAAGGAAAACAAUGGAGCGAGGGUGUCUUUGCACAGACUGGAGCACCCUCCUGCACAAAGUAACCAGUGAGAAGUUAGCAUCCUGGUGAAAUCUAGAUGGUUUUGAGGUAUUGUCAGUGAAUCAAAUGAUACUUGGGGAUUUCAGUUUUCUCUGGAAGAAAGAAAAGGGAAAUCAAACCAAAUGCCCUUGCAUCCUUUUUUUUUUUUUUUUUUUUUUAAAGAAAUGUUUUCCCUUUACUUAAGCUCAGGGACACUUUUGAUUAGACAGUUGACUCAGCCAGCCUCUAAAGCAUCAUCCCCUUUUUCAAAGCUGUGUAUAUAAUAUUGCAAGCGAAAUUACUUUAUAUCAGGUCCCAGAGGAAAGAUGGGGUUUCUGAAUGAAAACAGGCUUCAUUGCCGUGCAGAGUUCUGGCUUCAAGAGGACUGGAAUGUGUAUUUUAAGUCUGACCUGAGAACAUAUAAUUAAUUUCAGAGGCCUGAAGGGAGGGUCCCAGCAGCCACGCUGUACAGCAUGUCUGGAGGACCAGUCGUCCCUCUUUUGUACUUGCCGGGGGCGCCCGACCUCAGAACAAGCAUGAGCUUUUCACACAGGGAGGGGUCGGAGAGCUGGGGGAAGCUUCUCCCCUCUCCCCCUGCACCUCCUUCCCUCGUUAUAAAGUGUUCCAACCCACCAGCAGCAAAUCUCCUGGGGCUGAAAUUUUCAACUUAGCCCUUACAUUAGCUGGCUUGUUUUCUAAAUCCACACUCCUGAAUUGUUAGGUUGCACUCAGGGGACGUGUAGUAGCCCAGGGAUAGGGGGAUGGAAAGCCAAGGAUUUGGUUUGCCAAGGAUCGUGUCUGAUUCUUGUGAGCUGCACAAGGGCUGAGUUAUAGCCAUUAGAACUUUUGGGGGUGGUGGGAGGUGGGAAAUUUGCGUGAUUUCUUGACUGGCAAUGAGGAUAAAAUGUUAAGGCUUUUUUUUCAGGGUUUAAUUGCUUUAUCCUAUUCUGCAAAUCAGUAAGGGAUCUUUUGGUACUCACUUUAGAGCCAUGCCCAACUACGGAAAGAGGCAAUUUGCCUAUCCAGGGCCAAACGAAAGGCAUUAAUUCACUGGCGAAGUAUUUCUUACCUGGAAUGGAACUUGAAAAAAAUACAUUUUGAUUUUAAUUUUCUGUGUUGUGAUUUUUUUCUCUCUCUUUUUAAGAAAAAUCACUAAAAUAACAUUUUAAAAAGAUGAACUGCUGGGCAGAGGUCACUGUGGGAUCACUUGCAUGCAGAUACCAAGGUGACAGUCUUGACUUUGAUUCAGGACCACAAAUGAAUGAAUGGAUUCAUUUUGUCAAUUUUAUUCAACAGAUAUUUAUAAAUGCCUUCUCUGUAGUGUGUAAGCAAUGAGGAUGCGGUGAACAUUAGCAUUUCUUUGCCCUCAAAAAGCUCUAUGGUCUCCUGUUUCUUUUGUUGUUGCUGUUGUUCCAAGUUUGGAUUCCAGUUAGUGCUAAAAAAUUUGACUUCUGGGCAAAUGUUGAGUCCAGAGAUGUGUUCUAUACCCUACCUGCCAGUGAGUGGUAGGUUCAAACUGGGAUAAGAGAAUUAGGGCGAAUAAAGAGACAUAGUUAGGGCUGGUUUUAGGAACUACUGAGGAAAAACGGACUGUGUAAUCCUUGUAUGAGUCCUAAGCCCAUCUCACAGGUGGGAUCUGAGUCUGGGGAUGAGAGAAGUGGCCAGAUUCCUGGGUGUCCUUCCUGAAGGCAUCCUGUGCACAGGCCUUCCUUCCCAUGAGGCUGGACAUUACCCAUGAUAUCUCAGAGCUUCUAACAUCUCCAGGGGUGUGAGCUUAGAUACAGUUUUGGGUGUUUCUCAGCCUAUUAUUUUCUGUGGCUUUGCAAAACAAGUACUGGGUGACUCAAACUUCCCAACCAUUUAAUCAAAGUUAAAAAAAAAAUUGUUGUUGUUGUUUAUUACUGUUUUAGGUGAGACAGAUCACUCAGGUUCUAGAAGUCAUGACACAGAUGCUCCUGUCAUGGCUUGCUGUCUUUCUCCAUCAGUCACCAGCGUCUAGCACAAAGCAUGGCACAUAAUAAGCUUUUGACAUUAUUUGUUGGAAGAAAUAAUAAAACCUUCAAAUGAUAAUGGAUUUCAUUCACUAGUUAAUAAAUCAGAUUUGCAUUUUUAAUCUAGAAGGGAAUGAUUACCAAUUCCUUAAGACCCAACACAAUUCUUUUGAUCUCUCUCUGUUUUAAUUUUCCAGGAAAUAGCUUUUAACAACCUACACCUUAUCUAUUGAAUUCUCCACCAGGGCUUGCCCUUACCGUCCUGGCGAUAAUACCAGGGUACUGUCCUUCUUCCUGGUGACUGUUGAAAUGAGAUGAUAACUUCCCAGAAACUGCCAAGAAAUAAUCAUCACUUUAUUACCCUUUGAAAAGAAGAUUGAUAGAAAAGUCAUUUGGAAGAUGGCUCAUUACCAUGCCCUCGUAUGAUUUCUUUACUCACAUCUCUCCAAAGCAUGAGAAAGGGCGGAUUAUUCUCUGAGGUCGGAAUUUGAAGGCUGUGUGUUUGCCUCUUUGAAGUCUUGGUGUUUAAUUUUCUGUAGUCAUUUCUUGGGCAAUUUUCUAAGAAACUAGUUGAAGCUAAUUUAUCAUAAGUUAAAGUCAAAUGACAGAAAAGGUUUUCUUCCCCCCUUAACAGCAUUUUAUUCCACAGAGGUUAGCUUCUGAAGGAAAAUGAGACUUAAAUAGCAUUUCAAAUCUCCAGCCACAUGGGUGAGUACGCAGAAUAGAAAGGGUUCUGGAAACCACACUGAUUUUUUUAUUGAGUACAAUUAUUAUUUUGUGAUUUUUCUUCCUAGACCUUGAUGUACAGAUAAAAUGUAUUUUUUUGUGUGUGUGUGAAAUGCCCUCCUAAAAAUAAUUAGUUAAGUUGCUCAAUUUUUCAAAGAGAGGCUUUUAGUCUUCAAGGGAUAACAACCCUUGGUCUCCAUCAUUGGCAAGUUUGGUGUAACUUUAUAUAAUUCUUUCAACCUUUGUCUUAAUUCCCAGCUCUGAAAUGGAGAUGAGAUACUUACCUUUUCAAACAAAGGUGAACAAUAAUGAGAGAGCAUUUAUAAAGUCCUUUGAGAAAUCUCAUUUUACAAGGCUUCUUGUGAGUAUGGGAUCCAGUUCAAUAAAUAAUAAGGGGUUUUCAUUUUUGAUAUUAUGAGAUCAUUAUUUAAUGUUUACAGAGGAUGCUCAGUGGACGUGUUUCAGUAUAAGCACCAAAGUGAUUUCUCCUUUCUGAGGGGAAAAGGCUCAUUGCUCCCUUUCUGUUUUGAAGCUUAAUUCAGUUAGUUUAAAAUCAGGAUGUUCACCAUUUCACAGUGUCUCCUAUUUAUUUUGUUUUUUGAUGGAUUUAGGUUUACACAGCUAAUGUCUUUUGCCAUCUGCCCAAAGAAAGCCUUCUAGGACAAGUAAAGCACAAAUCUGGCACCGUGAUUGGUAACAUUUUUAGGAAUUGAAAGAGAGCAGGUUUAGAAUCUUGAUACUUGUAAAGCUUGAUGUUUUGCAAAAAAUUUAAUUAAUGCUGAUUUAGAUUUUGUCAGUAUAGGGCUGAGAAAAUUCUGGCCUUUAGCUUGCCAGCACCUUUUAGUUACUAACUUCCUUUAGAAUUCACACCUUCCCCUAGUGUUUUUUUGUUUGUUUGUUUUCAUUUUGAACCUUUAGAAAUUCCAUUCGCAAUAUUAGCCAGAAAGUCCUUAGAAUCGUUAUGGUGAAACCCUUUGGCUAAUGACUGUCCACUUGUGGACAUAAUGACUGCCUUUCACUGGAGGAACUUGGGGACAUCAUCACUGGUGUCACGCGAUUGCACUUUGGCUUCUAAUGAACCUUUUUCUUUAUGUGGCGUUAGUUACCAGUAAGAGGUCCCAGAACCUCAGGAUAUUUAGGUAACUGAAAAAAAUCCUUGGUGUGUGUUAUGGGCAGAAUUGUUUCUUACCGAAGUUUAUAAAAUCCUAACCCCAAGUACCUCAGAAUGUGAUUAUAUUUGGAAAUAAGGUCUUAACAGAGGUAAUUGAGUUUAAAGGAGGUCAUUAGGGUGGGACCUGAUUCAGUAUUACUAAUGUCCUUAUCAGAAGAGGAGAUUAGGACACAGACAUACUCAAAGUGAACAUGUGAAGACAGCGAGAACGCAGCCACCUGCAAGCCAAGGAAGGCGGCCUCGGAAGAAACCAGACACCCUGACACCUUGGACUCCCAACUUCCAGAACUGGGAGAAAUAAGUUUCUCUUGUUUAAGUCACCCAGUCUGUGCUGCUUUGUUAUGGCAGCCCUAGGAAACUGUGACAGUGUGUUGGCAUGUUUUGAAAUUCCCUACUCGCCCCUGAAAUUUUGUAGGUGGGGACUUGGGAAGCAGAGACGCUGGCAAGAACAGUGGAGAGGAGGAGAAGGAGACAUGAUCGUGCGGUGCAUGCGUCUGCUGUGAGAGAGGACAGGAAGUAUCGUGGCUGGUGGCAGGACUGUUGUGAAGGAAAUCGUCCCUACCCAGUUAAUAGCCAUUUAUAGACGGUGAAUCCAUGGUGAAGCCACUCCCUCUGAAUAUCAUCACAAGGCUGUUUUGAUGCUCAGACGAAGAAUAUAUGUGAAAGACAUUGCGAGAUAUAAUGCCUCCUUGUUUCCUGUGUGGGAGAAAGAAAACAAUGAGAUGUCUGGCAAUGCAACUGGCUUGCUUUGCCAACAAUGGCGUGCAUGCUAAUAAAAGAUGCAAGCUGCACAUUCAAGGUGCAGUGGGGUUGGCAGGUACAGCCAAGCCCCCAGCAGCACACAGUGUCCACCGCUGAAGGACUCAGCCCCACUCUUCACUUUACACAUGUAGGUUGGAGCUAAGGUACAAACAUUAAAUCUCUGAAUGUUGGAAGUAUAUGAAAAUCAUUUCUCUCAAUCCUAAAAGCAAGGAAGUAUUGUCAGGGAUUUCAAAAAUAUUGGAAAGUCUCAUUUAAAUCUAAAUAUCUUUUUUUUAAUUAUAAAUCGAUCAUCAUAAAAUACUAGCCUUUUAAAGUCGUAUUUCGGAUGCAGGAAAAGCAUCAGGUUCAUCAGACUUGCUCCUGCCUGUGUUGUUACAGCUCAUGACACCUUCAAUUUUCCAAUUUUCCUCCCUCUCUGCCUCUCCCCAACCCUCCCCCAGGUUCUUGACAACAUUUAUUUGGUAAAGGUCAGUUAUGGCUUCAGCGAAUGAGUAGUCUGACCUCAAGUUACUAAUACGAAAUAAAUGUAUACAAAAAUAUUUUGUUCAUCGGAAAGCAGAGUUUGUUUUCCUUAAGCUAUUCCAUGCAGAAAGAAUAUGGACAAAGCCACUUGCUACAAGGAAAGAUGACUUAUUCAGGCAACUUUUUUUUUUAACUUUCCUUUUUCAUAUUGUCUAGUUCAGAUAGAGUCUGCAGGUCUUAGGCCAAUCUUCAAUACAAAUUCUUUGGAGCAGAUUUAAUUGACAGCCCUGUUCCCUUCUCAGCAGUCUUACAAAAAGAAGCGUACACUUAGCACCAGUGACCCGUCAAGGUGCUUAACCUGUCGCAACCAGUUUCUGAGAAGUACAUAACACGCAGAAAGGAAGCAAGUACAUAUUUGCUCUUUGUUGGUUUUUUCCCCCUCUAAAAAAAUUGUUACAAAGUCUUAUGCUUAAACAGAGACAUAGAAAAAUCAGUGUAUUCACUGUCUCCAGUUAUUUACAGCAAAAAUUACAGAGACAGCAUACAUCGUAUUAGACCUUCCACAAGCAUAUAUUAAAAGUAAUUACAUUUGAAAAAAUAUUUUUAUUUUUCCUCUACAUUUCUACAAUACAUACUCAGUUUUCGGUAGGUGUAGUUUUCAUUCCGUGUGUGUGUGUUAAUCAGAUGAAGCAGACGGUACUGUGCUUGGAGGUGGGAUCUGGAGCUAUUCAGACAUAGCUGUUGUCUGUCUGCAUCUGGUCAUGACAGAGGCAGGCGAACGCCCUCCGUCAGCCACCACAAGAAGAGGAUGGUUUAAUAUAAAGAUCAUGCUGCCCAGCAAGGGGUGGGGUGGGGCACAUUCCCUGCGCUUUCCCUCAGCUGGGUUUAUUCAGUUCUGGUAACCUUGUGCUUUAUUUUUGGCCAUAAGAACAAUCACUGAGCUGCGUUUUCUCAUCCACUGGAAGUCGUGCUUACAGUCAUGCAGGAGGCAAAGAUUACUAUGGCCAGUUCACUUCGGAUGAACUUCAGCAGCUUAGGAAAAAAGUGCACAAACAGACAACCCCCAUCUGCUGCAUAGGAAUCCAUGGUCCCACACUUAGAACAAUGGCGGACUACCGGAGAAGAAACUCUUUAAAUACAACCAAAGGAAAAGAAAAACCUGUCACAGAUACUGAAGCCAUACAUUUAAAGAAACACACUGAAGACUCCAAAGCAUAAAAAUCGUGCAUCUGACUUUCAGAAAAAAGUGCCAAGAAAUCUAUCUAACCACCUGCCUCUGUGAAGCUGGGAGUUGGGUCAACACAGAAGUGUCUUUUUUAAGCCAUCAUUAAAUUGUUUUCAUUUUUA